CAAGAUUGCCAUGGGUCCAGAUAAAAUUGUCACACUUGAGACCCGAGACACAAAUAGGCAGACGGAUAGGAGAGCCAGUAAAGCUAUGUUGAAGACUUUACCAACAAUAAAAUUUAACGAAGCCCCUAAAGCGAAAUGUGGUGAAAUUUUCUGCCACAGUUCCAGGGAUUUUACAAUAUAUUGCACACUCUGCGACAUGAAAUCUUUUAAUUUUUCCGAUUUUAUAAUGCAUAUUGAGAAUGUGCACUUCGAUGGGGAUUUGUUAAAGUUGGAAGCUUCAAAAAUAGAUUAUGCGCAGUUUUUGGAAUUGAAUGUUAAAGAUGAGAACAGCUGCCACGAGCAAGAAAUUUCAGUUGAUGAAAUGUCCUGGGAGGAUAUGCCAGAUAUUUUGAAUAGGAGCAGUAGUGCAGAAAGUAGCAAAGAAGAUGUUGAAGAGGUCCUAACGGUUCUAAAGAGAAAUAGGGAAAAAACAAAAGAAAGGAACAAUAAAAAAGCACGUCAUAGCCUGGGCAGUCUGGGCAGAGAUAGUAAGGAAACAAAUGCAACAGAGAUGUUGAAAUGCCAUCAAUGCGAGCAUUGUAAUAAGACUUUCGUUAAUCCUGGUCUAUUGAAAAUACACAUAGCAAGGAUUCACAAAACGUUCGUAAAUGAAAAGAAGAAUGACAGGGAGCAAGAAGACAUACUCGUUGAAGAACGUGGUGAUGUUAAAACGUCUGAAAAUCUGGAAACAUUAGAAGAAUUAAUGGUCACAAAAGACACAUUUAAAAGAUACAAUAAAUAUGCAAAUAUUAUUAUAUCGGAAGGCGAUGAAAGUCAGGAUUCAGAUGAGAACUAUGAACCUGAGUCAGAAAAUAAGACCAACAAUAAGAAGAGUUAUCAAUGCGAAAACUGCGAUAGAAACUUAAGCAGUGUUGGUUCUCUAAAAGCGCAUAUUGCUAGAUUUCAUAAAACAAGCAAUAAAAAGCCAAAAGAAUUGGAUAUCGAAACGCCAUGCGGCGAAUGUAAUGAACUAUUCGAAAAUCAAAAGUUAUACGAUCGCCAUUGCAUUGACGUGCACGACGGCUUUAAAUGCUCAAUGUGUGACAAAAGAUUCAAAUUACGCCAUCAGUGUAAACGUCACGAACUAAUACAUAAGGAGGCGAAACAGUUUGUUUGCCCAUUUGAGGGUUGCAAUAAAGGUUUUACGGAGCAGUAUUACCUGAAAAGACAUCAAGAUAUACAUCAAACUGAGCGUAACUUCAAAUGUGAUUUUGAGAAUUGCGGUAAAGCAUUUCAUACGAAGCGUCGCUUAUGGGCUCAUCAGAAAAUACACACUAAACCGAAAAAUUUUAUUUGCGAUAUUUGUGGAUAUAGUUGUCGCGAAAGGGAAACGUUGCGCGUUCAUCAGCGCACCCAUACAGGAGAAAGACCGUAUGCUUGCAAAAUAUGUAAUAAACGUUUUAUAUCGAGCUCGUCGUUAGGUGAACAUAUGGCCUCUCAUGCUAGCAGUCGAACGCAUGUUUGUAAAGUUUGCAAUGCGCGUUUUGCCCGCCAAAAGGCUUUGUACCAUCAUAGUUUUUUACAUUUGGAUACAAAGAAAUUCAAAUGUAGAAUAUGCGGUAGCGCAUAUAAACAAGCAGCAGGAUUGGCCGGUCAUAUGCGAAAACAUCGCGAAGAAGACAUGAUAAAGGUGAUGCCACUCGAAUCGGAAAUACCUUUAUCAUCGGGUAAUAAUAACCUAUUUGAGAGAUUUCUUAGUUAAAUUGAAUUCUCUUAUAAUUUUCUCAAGUUCUUUUUGUACAUUAAAAGCGUUAAAC